GAGAGAGAGAGAGAGAGAGAGAGAGAGAGAUUAGGGUGAAGGAGGGAGUAUUUUUUCUUCCCCUCAAUUAUGAGUUCAUAUUGGAUCUAAGCUACACAACAGAAGUUAUAUUAUCAUCAACAUCAUCCAGUUUGUCAUCAUCCACUCCAGAUGAGAACUAUAAGGCCAUAAUUGAUAAAGCUACAACAAGAGAGCUGUUUAAAUUUCUCACCCAGGAAGAAUUACCUUACUGUGCAUACAUACAUACAUGUACCUCUGGUUUUGCUAAGACAAAAGCAAGAGAUCGAAGAGGUUCGGCCAUGGCAGGCGGGUCUUUUACUCCGGCAGGUGUGGCCAAGGAUAGAGCACAGCAGUACCAAGGGAGGGUUACCCCUUAUGUGAUCAUUGCUUGCAUCAUUGCUGCAGUUGGCGGGUCAAUAUUCGGGUAUGAUAUCGGAAUUUCAGGAGGAGUGACAUCAAUGGAUGGAUUUCUUCAAAAAUUUUUCCAUAAGGUUUAUGUGAAAAAAUCGCACGCACAUGAAAACAAUUACUGCAAAUACAACAAUCAAGGCCUUGCGGCAUUUACCUCCUCUCUAUACCUGGCUGGUUUAGUUGCAUCUUUAAUAGCAUCUCCAGUGACAAGGAAGCUGGGUCGUCGAACAAGCAUAAUUUGUGGUGGGAUCAGCUUCCUCAUAGGAGCAACCCUAAAUGCCUCUGCUAUGAACAUGGCAAUGCUUCUUCUUGGUCGAAUCAUGCUCGGAGUUGGCAUUGGCUUUGGUAACCAGGCUGUCCCGCUGUACUUAUCAGAGAUGGCACCAACCCAUCUUCGAGGUGGCUUGAACAUGAUGUUUCAGCUGGCAACCACUCUUGGAAUCUUCACAGCAAACAUGAUCAAUUAUGGAACACAGAAGCUCGAACCAUGGGGAUGGAGGCUGUCAUUGGGCCUGGCUGCAUUACCAGCUCUACUGAUGACAGUGGGAGGUAUUCUUCUUCCAGAGACACCCAACAGCCUAAUUGAACGAGGAUUCAAAGAAAAAGGAGAAAAAGUUUUACGGAAGAUCAGAGGAACUGAAAAUGUCGGUGCAGAGUUACAAGACAUGAUAGAUGCAAGUGAAUUUGCGAACGCAAUCAAGCAUCCUUUUAGAAACAUCUUUCACAGAAGGAACAGGCCACAGUUGGUUAUGGCAAUCUUCAUGCCUAUGUUCCAGAUCCUCACGGGCAUAAAUUCUAUUCUCUUCUAUGCCCCAGUACUGUUUCAGACUAUGGGUUUUCAGGGAAAUGCUUCUCUCUACUCUUCAGCUUUGACUGGAGCAGUACUUGCUACAUCCACAUUGAUUUCUAUUGCAACAGUGGAUAGAUUGGGUCGAAGAAUUUUACUUAUUAGCGGAGGAAUACAAAUGGCCAUAUGUCAGAUCAUAGUCGCCAUAAUCUUGGGGCUGAAGUUUGGAGAAGGCAAAGAACUCUCAAAAGGCAUCUCAACAUUGGUUGUAUUGGUAAUCUGCUUAUUCGUUUUAGCAUUUGGAUGGUCAUGGGGACCACUUGGAUGGACAGUGCCGAGUGAAAUAUUCCCAUUAGAAACACGAUCAGCUGGACAGAGCAUUACAGUAGCUGUUAACCUCCUCUUCACUUUCAUUAUAGCCCAGUCUUUCCUAUCCCUCCUCUGCACUUUGAAAUAUGGAAUUUUCCUAUUCUUUUCUGGCUGGGUCACCAUCAUGACAAUCUUUGUUUACAUCUUCCUACCUGAAACCAAGGGAGUUCCAAUUGAAGAGAUGAUACUCUUAUGGAGAAAGCACUGGUUCUGGAAAAGAAUUGUGCUCACAGAAACAGAAGCUGAUGAGAAUAAUUGUCAACAAAGUGAGCAAAGUGAUUCAACAAAUUUAGGUGAAAUAAUUAAAGUAACAGUUACUGACUCCCAUAUGCAGUAGCAAUAGAAGUUCAGAAGAUCUCAGGGGUUCAAAAGAGAAAAGUGGUGCCAUGUGAGAACUCAAAUUAAGUAUGUAUUUGCUGGAAGUUGUUACUAAAAUAGUAGUCAGGAAACUGGCCACUGCAUAAGAAUAUCAUGACACAUGAUAUUCUGGCAUAAAAGACAGUUUUUUCCUUUUUUGGGUUUUUUUUUAUAUUAAAAUAUUUAAUAAAGGUUUGGUGGGAACUUUAUUUCCCACUUUGAUGUGCCCUAAAA